UAUCUAUCUAUCUAUCUAUCUAUCUAUCUAUCUAUCUAUCUAUCUGUGUCUGUCUGCUUAUCUAUUUAUCUGUUAAUAUAUCUAUCAUUCUAUUAAUCUAUCUGUCAUUUCUAUCAGUUUAUCUAUUAAUCUGUCAUUUCAUCUAUCGGUCUGUCUACCAUUCUAUCUAUCUAUCUAUCUACCUUUCUAUCUAUGUUUGUCUGUCCAUCAUUCUCUCUAUCAUUCAAUUGAUCUAUCAUUCUAUCUAGCUGUUUGUCUAUCUGUUUGUCUAUCUAGCAAUCCAGCUAUAAAUUUGUGUCCUUCUUAUAUAUACCUCUCAAUCCGCCCAAGUGUCCGUGUCUAUCUAUCUAUCUAUCUAUCUAUCUAUUUAGCUUGUCUACUUGUACGUUGGUCUUUCUGAGUAUGACUCUGUUUCUCCAUUUACGUACGGGUCUUUCGCUUUUCCAACGCUAUCUAUUAAUCUAUCUACAUCUAUCCUCCACCAAUCUAACUAAACGACCAACCAACCUCUCUGUAUAAAUAUACCUCUAUCCGCAUGUGAGUGUAUGCGUGUGCGUAUGCCUGUAUGCACGCGUGUGUGUAUAUAUGUGUGUGUAUGUGUAUGCCCGUGUAUGUGUUUCGGUGUCCAGUUCCUAUGAGAAAAAGAGAGAAAGAGAAAGAGAGAGGUUAAAAAAGAAAGACAGAUACAGAAGUGUGAAGUGACAGCAAGAGAGAGAGAAAGAGAGAUACAUCGACGAACCAGCGGACGUACAGUUAACCACUGCCCAGUGGUUAUGAAGAGCUAUGAAGACCAAUUUCUCCAUUAAAGCUAAGCGCAAUCGGAAACCCCAACAAUAUGGCGGAGAAAUACAAAGAGUUUAAAAAUGAGGAUGACACCGAUUAUCUGGUUUACGAAGACGAAUUCGAACCGGAAGUAACAUCAAGUAGAAAUGAAAAAUACAGCUUGGACGCCCAGAAAGAAAUUGGUUUCAGUUCAAUUGAAGACAAAGUUAGCAAAUACCAGGAGGAACUAAGAAAGACAGAUGCUACAGAAGGUCGAAGAGACGUUGUGACUCAUGCAGACGACACAAGUGAGAAAGCAGACGACACAACAGUCAGGAGAGACGAACAAGAGCUCAGCAAUGGCCACAGUUACGGCGUCAUGUACUUCAAUCAUGCCGGCGAGGCAACAUUCACAACCGAUCGUGUACGCACCACCCAAGUGGAAGGUACGACGGUGAUUAGCACAGCAGACUAUGCAUCAAAUUUUAAUCCUUACUCAUUCGAGAAACCAUUGAAAAAAAAAUCCAUCAAAUACAUGAAGGCUGUUUCCAUAGUGGCCAUUUUGAUUUUUUUCCCGACUGGUGUGGCAGCUUUUCAUUACGCCACAAAAGCAGAACAUGCUUUCGACAUUGGAAUUGAACGCGGAAACAUCGAUGAAGCACGAAAGUUUGCCAAGAAGAGUGAAAAAUUCAUCAUAUUUUCCUUUUUUAUGGCAUUUAUUAUCGCAAUUAUAGUUCUGGCAAUCUACGAACGGAUUCAUCUGAGUCCAAGUGAUGUACGCCAGCACAAUUAUCAUCGUCUCAUUGCUGGCUAACAAUAAACCAUACCACUAACAUCGAUAGUAAUAACACACGCCAAAACAAUAACCAAAAAAUCUAAUAAUGUUAUAGUUAAUUCUAUUUUCUUUCCACUUCUUUGUUUUGAUUUCUUUUUUUAGUCUUUGUUUAUUUAUAACUACAAAUAGAUCAAACGAAAGUAUAUAUAUAAAUAUAAUCACACACGCACAUACAUUCAUAUAAGUUUACGUACAUAUAUAUUUACGCCUAUCUAUGUGUGUGUGUGUGUGUGUGUGUGCGUGUGCGCGCACGUGCAUACGUGCGUAGUGUUGAUUUAACGAAGAUGAUACCGUAUUCAGAAUAACUUGCGUUACAGAAUUCGAUUUCUCCUUAUUUAGAAUUGUCCCUCAAUUCAUAAUCUGAUUAGAUCGACCUUGGUUUCAUUCCUCCGAUAAUAGAUCUAAUGGGUAACAGUAACGUACUGAUUUUGUAUGAUUGACUAUACUUUCUACUCUGACCAAAAAACUGGACAUUUGGCUAGUUUGUGUGUGUGUGUGUAUACAUAUACACACAUAUAAUAUUAAUACGUAUGUAUAUAUAAAAACAUAUAUAUAUAUAUAUAUAUAUAUAUAUAUAUAUAUAUAG